AUGGCCCCUUAUGGUGCUCCAGCCUGGGCGGACGACCUGAUGGCCAGACGGCGUAGCGGUCACAAGCUCGCCAGUGUGGCCAGGAGGCUGUACAUCAGGAUGGUGAGAGUGUACCGCACGAUCUCCCACGAGGCGGCAAUUGUCCCGGCGGGGUUACCACACUUUGACCUCGAUGCGGCGGGGGAGGCUCGGGUCAACGAGCUUCUUCGUCGUGACGGUGGUCUACCCGCCGAGGAGGCCCAUGCGCUCAGGCGUCAGGUUCGGCUGUCCGUCCUGGCGAAGUGGCGCGAGCGGCUGCUUCAGGAGCGCAGCAUGAGCCGUAGAGCCGUCGGAGCUGUGCUCUCGAUUCUAUGGGAUUGGGUGCGCAACGGAGGUAGGCUUACCUACCGCCUCACGCAGGUGCUCAUCGGACAUGGUUGUUUCGGUGAGCACCUGUGCAGAAUUGGUAGGAAGGCGACGGCACAGUGCCAUCAUUGCGGGGCCGAGCUUGACACGGCGCAACACACGCUGGAGGAGUGCCUAGCUUGGGCAGCGAAGCGCCGUAUCCUCUUCCAGAGCUUCGGGAGGGACCUCUUGCUCUAUGUGGUCAUGCCACAGAUGCCACGGUGCGAGGGGACCUGGAGGGACAUGGCCUCCUUCUGCGAGCAGGUCACGCUGCAAAAGGAGGCCGCGGAGCGUACCCGCGAACGCGCGGACAGCGCCCGCAUACGGAGGCACUGGCGGCGAUCGCGUCGCAGGCUCGCCGCCCUGCCGGCCGUACCGGUUGUGUUUUGA